AUGGAUCAGCGUAAAUAAUAUCUUAUAUAAUGCAUAACAAAAUUACUUAAGCUUGAAGAAGAACCCAGAAGUCUUAUUAAAUCUCCUAUAUUGGAAGAUUUUAUAGAUAAUAAUGACAAGAAAAGUAUUGCAUUAGUAUAUUUAUCUGGAAAAGGUUUCAAAAUUUAUAAAUAUUAAGAAGUAUUAGCUUAAGAUAAUUAAUUAAUAACGAUUUGCAAGAAUACAGGCGAUUAUAUAUCCGAAGAUAAUAUAAAUAAAGUGAUUAGUAUUUCUUUAAUGUCUUCAGAUCCAAUAAAUUAAUUUUAUCAACAUCUUACAUAAUUUUAUAUGCCGGCUUUAAAAGAUAAAAUGUAACCUAAUAUGAAUAAAAUGUUAGAAUAAUUAAUGGAAAAUUUAGAUAACUCCUUAAAUGGUAAUGAAAAUGAUUUGGAUGAAAAAAAUGUAAAAAAUAUAAAUAAACCAUCAGAUGAAUUUGAGUUUUGGUAAAGAUAUUUAACAUCAGUAAAUUCAGCAAAUACUUAAAAACGUAUAUAGUAUUAUAUUAAUUAAUUUUCUUAAAUAGAAGGAUGGAAAGAUCUAAGAAAAAUAGAAUCUUAAAAAAUGGAAGAACUAAUAGAUAAAACAGCUGAUGUUAUUGAUAAAAUAUGGAAUGUUGAUAAUUCUUAUCCUGAAAUACGAAUGAGAAAACUAAUAGAUACUUUUAUUAGUUAAUGUAGUCAAAAAUUAAUAUUAGAAUUAAAACCUGAUGAAAUAUGGGAUUUAAAUUCUUAUAAAAUUAAAUCUAAGUUAAUUGAAGGCCAAAAAUAUAUAAAAUAUUUAAACGAUACUAUAAAUUAAUAUGUAACUUAAUUAUGGACAGAAAGAAAAUGGAUGAGCGGUUCUUUUGAUUUUUCUGCUAGUAAUAAUUUAAUUCAAAGAAUAAAUGAAAUUGUAGAAUUUCGUGAAUAGUAUGAAGAGCUAAACAAAAUUUUAAAUUUAAAAAGAGAUUUCGAUCUUGCUUUUAACCAUUUUAAAUCCAUAAAUAGUUUAUCUUCGCCUAAUGACAUAUGGAACACUUAAAAAUCUAAAUUUAAUUAACAAAUGGAAGAAAUCGAAGAUGAAAUCUACAAAUUUUUUAAAAAGGAAAUAUUUACAUAAAAUACUAGUAAAGAAAAUCCUAUUUAAGUUUUAAGAGAAAUGCAGAAUUGGAAUGGGCUAUUAUCUAGAUAAAAAAUAAUGAAAAAACUAAUGCCCGAACGUCAUUUAGUAUUAGUUUCUUUGCUUUAAAUUUGUGAAAAAAUUAAAGAUGAAUUUGAAAGUAAAAGUGGUUAAAAUUUAGAUCUUUCAUUAGGAAUGGAAAUUAUUCCCUAAGGACAUAACUUUCGAAAGUUUUGA